AAUGAGCUCCCUUUUUAAUAGCUGGAGGAUCUUCCUUGCCUUCUUUUGCCAUCAACUGUUCAAGAGACUACAAAGAAGUCGAGAUUUGACGAUGUCACGGAUCUGGUUCUUAUGGGCUGCUGUUUGGGCUCUCCUGGCUACUAUUUCAGCUCAACGCAGGUUCAGUGGCCGGAACAACAGAUGGGGGCAAAACGGGAGCCGGAGAUACUCUGCGUACAAGACGUGGAACUCCAGUCUUUACCCACGGUGGAGAGAAGGGGAUCCCAGACAGGGAAAUUGCUGGCGAGGUGGCAAUGUGACAUUUGAUAUUGGCAACGAUGCCCCAACUUUAACAAAUGCCAAAGUCACAUUCAGGAUUGCUUUGCGCUUUCCCGGUAAUCAAACUGCGCUGCCAGAUGGACGGGUAGUAUGGAGCCAGAACUGCAUCAUAAAUGGCACCCGUAUGAAAAAAGGGGACCCUGUUUUCCCAGACCAAGAGGAUGAUGCUUCCGAUUAUGUGUUUCCCGAUGGGCAACCCUUCUCCCCAAGCGAUCGCCGACCUGGCAAGUUUGUCUUUGUCUGGCAGACGUGGGGGCAAUAUUGGCAAGUGGUAGAUGGUCCCACCUCCUCAUUGACCAUUGAAACAGCUGAUAUUGCUUUAGGCUCCUAUACCAUGAAUGUGGCAGUCUAUCAUUACCGGGGACGUGAGAAAUUCAUCCCUAUUGGUGGUAUCUCAUCUCAGUUCAGCAUCACGGACCAGAUCCCGUUUCAAGUGAAUAUUGCACAACUUCUUGAUACCGAUGGGACAGAUAGUCGUUUUGUGCGAAACCGAGCCAUCUCCUUUGCUGUGCAGCUCCAUGACCCUAGUCAAUACCUCCAUGGUGCCGACAUCUCCUACUCCUGGGAUUUUGGUGACCAGAGCGGGACCCUGAUUUCUCGAUCAACCAUGGUCACUCACACCUACCUUUCUGCUGGUACCUUCAGCCCUCGCGUGGUGGUUCAGGCUGCCAUUCCUGUGGCUUCAUGUGGAGGCAGUACUUCAGAAGAGCCAUUCAUCAUGCCCACAACCCUCAUGCCUACCACCGCUCCGAGUGGAACUACAGAUCAAGCUUCCACUGUGUUUUCCACUAUAAAUAGCAUCACUGGGGCAAGCACUGAAGAGGCGCUGACUUCUGUCCCGGCUUCUGCGAUUUCAGUCCUUUCCACUGUACCGCCAGCAGUAACUGAAGAGGCAACAUCUGUAGCCACAGUUCCUGCUGCAAACAUCAGUGCUGGACCUGAAGAAACAGAUUUAGCGGCUGCUUCUUUGGAACCUGCAGUUGUUGCAUCAUCUGAUGCAACUGAAGACAGUGCAGGCACUGAGGGUGUGACUAUUGCCAUGUCUGCAUCUCUCCCAAAUACCAUGGCACCUACUGCAGCACCUGAAUCUCUGCCAGGCUCUGCGGCUCCAGGUUCUUCGUCUACAAUAGCACCUGAGAAUGAUCCAGGCACCCCAGAAACCCCUGUUGCACCUACAACUAUCCUUUCAGAUGCCUCUGAAGAUACAGCAGCCAUCAACCCAGUGGGUUCGGUUAUGCCUGCCACAGGAACAAUCGCAGGAAAUGUGGUCCAGCUCCUGGUGAAACGCCAGGCACCCACUGGAUGUCUCCUCUAUCGUUAUGGAACCUUUGCCACUAAUCUGGACAUCAUCCAGGGCAUAGAGAGUGUGGAAAUUGUGCAGGUAAUACCACUAACGCCCGCUAUUGCUGAGAAUGCAGUAGAUCUCACUGUGACCUGCCAGGGAAGCCUCCCCCAAGAAGUCUGCACAACCGUUUCAGACCCUGAUUGUGUGAUAGUCCAGGAGAGUGUGUGCAAUCCUGUUCAGCCAAGCCCAGACUGCCAGCUUGUUUUACGCCAGGCCUUCAACCAAUCUGGCCUCUACUGCGUCAACAUCUCACUGGCUGAUGCCAACACCUUGGCUGUUGCCAGCACCCAAGUCAGCGUUCAGACAGAAAGAAAUCAAGCUUCAGCCCAAAUAACAUUUGUAGUUGGAGUGCUGCUGGUUAUUGCUGCGGUGGGAGCUGCUAUCUAUACCUAUCGGCAUUUGAGACACAUCCCUCUACGGGCCAUGAUGUCUGCUGGCACUUCUCCAAGGAAUUGGUUUCCUGACCGCACAGCUGUACGCCUUUUCCUUGGCCAGGCGUUUGGCCGGAGGGCCAGUGGGGAGAGCAGCCCCUUGCUCAGUGGCAACGUCAUCUAAAUGGAAGUCAACAAGCUUUGCAAACUAAAAACUGAAUGCGUUGAGCCCUUACUCAGAAAAGAAAUCCUGCCCCUAUAUUACCCUUAAGUUGAUGCUCUUCUGAUGCCAGCUGAGUAAACUCUCAGCCACUUUGAGGUGCCUUCUCAGUGCCUGCCUGGGUGGGGAGAUAGAGACAGCACCGAAGGAAGUGUAGUCGUUUUUUAGAGCACCACAAUUGCAUUCAGCCUGUGCCACGCUGGUCCUAGGGAGUCAAGACAGCUGUUCAUUUGGCUUUCUGACAUACUUUGUUGGGAAAAGGAGAAAAUCAGCAUUGUAGUUUUGGGAUUGUUCGUUUCUAAAUUAACAUCCUACAAUUGGCCAGGUGGUCAUCUAACAAAUGAUAAGAGGGUUAAAACCCUGUUCACCAGUUACUGGCCAGGUUCUUAAACAGCCCCUCAAAAAUGGGGCUGCAUUAAAACUCUGUUUUAUUUUCUAUGCCCCAUAACUAGAUGGGGGAGUGAAUCCUGGCAAGAAAGUUAUGAGAGAGAAUAGUAUCAUCUCUAUCUUGUCUGCAGCAGCAUGAUCACCAAUCAGCCAUUGCAGACUUUUAUUUUUUUCCAACAAGAAAAAAAAAAAAGGAACCAGCAACACAAAGUGACAGCACUCAGAUUAAAUGGUUCACACCUGCUUCUAAGACAUCCUUAGUAGCAUAUUGCUGUUAUGCAUAAGCAUUUCCCAGGGAAGAGGCACAUUAAGUUGUCAUGUCAUGCAAACCCAGAGAGAACCAACAAGAUGCAGGCUGGUAUCAUUUAAGCCAAUGGAGCAUCUCUGUAUUUUUUUGUAAUUUUUGUCUGUCCAUCUUUUCUUUAAAAAACACAGUAUUUCCUUUAUACACCAUGACAAAUAUAUCAAGAGUUUGAUGGA